AUGUGUAAAGUAAUCUCAAGUACAAUUUUAGUACUGUUCAAUAUACCACUUGUGCUUGUGGGUUUAGGAUUAGUUGUUUUUGGUGCGUUAAUAAGAUGGAAUGAAAAACUUCUUGUUGAACGAAUCACUCCUGCAAUUAUUGAAGAGAUCGAUGAUGAGAACGCACGUGAAGCUGCUCAACAGCUGGUGGAAGAAAAAAUAACUCUAUUCGCUGCUUACGGUCUAGCGAUAUUCCUGUUUGGUCUAUUCAUCUGUCUGUUAUCAUUGUGUGGAAUAUGCGGAGUAUGCUGUAAAAGCAAAAUCCUACUUGGUACUUAUGCAGCAUUCCUUCUGGUUAUCUUUUUGGCUUUACUGGUGUUCACCAUUGUAUUUGGAACACGUAAAACUUGGUUCCGCGAUGAACUGGGAAUAAGUUAUCGCAGAUCAAUUAUCACUGAAUAUCAGAUGGAUAAUAACUACCCACCAAAGAGCGGUUUCACUGUAUUUGUGAAUGAAAUUCAACAAAAGCACAAAUGUUGCGGUUCUUUUGACUAUCGUGACUUCCAAGAUAACGAAUCAUUCAAAAGACAGAAUUAUAAAAUUCCUGCAUCAUGUUGCAAAGAUAUGAACAACAAAGAGUGCUGGGAACGUCCAACCUCACAGAAUAGUUAUAGAGACAAUGGUUGUUUCGAGUUUCUGUGGUCAGCUGCACAACCAAGCUUCCAGAUUAUUCUGUACUCACUCAUCGGUCUGUUAAUAUUGACGUUUGUCUUCGCGGUUAUCGCCAUCUAUCUGCUAACACGAUAUUCAAGGGAGAAAAUCCAACUACUUUAA